AUGCCUGCUUAUCUUGUCUUCUCAACGAAAGGUUUCUGUCCUGGUUGCUUUUCUGCGCCAGUGGUUAUUUGGCUCGUGGAAGCUUUAUAUCUGGCAAAUUCUAUGGUGAAUCCUCUCGUCUACAGUUUCAGAAUGCAAAUUUUCAAAGACGUAUUAAACAAAUUCCGGAGAAAAAGACGACAGAACAUAAAAGCAAUUCAGCAAAAAUAAUUUGGGCUUUGGUCGAGAAGGUUCAUUUACUCCAACACUUUCGAUUACAUGAUGAUUUGAGCAGCCUAAAGUAGAGCAAUAACGCUGACUGCAUAUUAUAAUUGAUUAAGUAUUAAAAGAGGUGUUGACUUAGUUGACGCGGAGAAAAACUAAGACGACAGAACAUAGGACCAGCUCAGCAAAAUAGACGGCGCUUUUGCCCGGAAGGGGCUUUACUCUAACACUUUCGACCUGCCUGAAGUAGAAAAAUAUUGAAAGCUCAGAUUGUAUAGCAUAAUUAAUUAAGUAAAAGCCUUCUUUAUGCAACAACAACUGUGAAUGUACAAUUACGCGAGUGAUUUUUGUAAGCUUCAUCACCAAGAUGGAUGUAAAAAAAUGACAUUUUUAUAUUAUUUUUCGUUCAUUCCCAAAUUAAUCAUCCCGUCGUCACCACUUAAUGGCUUGAUUAACCCAUAUGGAUUACAGGCUGUUAGAUUGUGAAUCAUUUGAAGGAGCUGAAAUUGUUGAGGAUACGGUUUCUGAUCAUGACAUUAAACUUGUUAAACUUGAAAAAUGCUGCUUUUUUGAAUAGCCUCAAACUCAUUUGACAUAAUCUGAUAUUCACUCUGUGACGGUUAUGACGCGAGUUAAAUAUCCUGUGCUGUUUUAAAUUUAAAUUUAAUUCAAUUUCAAUGCAAUGUUUUUAUUCAUGCAGUACGUCUUAAAUAUCUGAGAAUAGCUUAUGGUUAUGUCAUCAUUUUAAUGCCCGAAAAGUUCAGUAUUACCUUUUUUCCAAGUCUUAUAAGCAGUAAUCAAAUUACUUAAAAAAGAUCUUUGUGAUAUUUGUCGCAUUUGAAUAAAUAUUAACUCUUACAAAUCACUAAUUACUUGUAAUAUUUCAGAUAAUAUAUUUAUGCCACUCUAUUCUCAGAAGAGGAUAUGCGAUAAAUUUUCAUUUGCAAUAAGCUCCGGGCUGAUGAUACUCAUUAGCCAAGCACUAAUGACAUGAUAUACAGUUUUUAAUCAGUUAGAGAACGGAUGUAAAAACGCUAAGUGCGUUUAUGGAAACACACAGAUUCCCAUAAACGUUAACGAAUAUUUCACCAUUUAUCAUUUUAAAAUAUACCACUUGUCAAAACGAAAAUAAAAUAUGAACGGGAAAAGCUACUCCUGCAUGAUUUUCCCUUAUUCAACACCCUCUCAAAGAUUAAAAACAUGGAAAAUUGAAUUUUUUUUUCAUCAACACUGGAAAUUGUAAUUAUUUACCAUUGAUAGGAGAUAAAAUAUAAAUCUUUCCAUGGGUAGAUUUUUAAUGAGCCAAAAAAUAAUCUUACGGUACAGAAAUCAGGUUUAGAUUUUGUUUUUAAGUUCAUCGUACUUUAAUUACAUAUCUAAUAUGCGUUCUUGAAUCACUCGUCUUUUUUAUAUUACCAGUACUAGAUAACCCCGAUGUCCAAAAAACUGAUAACCGAAGUAUAUACAAUCUUUGCAUUAUAGAUGCGAAUAUAUAAUCGUGUUUAUUGACACGAGAUGAUGUGAAAAAGAUGUAAAACUUGGGCCUUUAAAUCAACUUUUUAUCCUCUCUGUUUCUUUGUGGCCAACUAAGAUUAACAUCAAGUCUCCUCGACUUAUCAAAUAGUAAUUAUUGGAUUCGGCUUUCAUUUAGUGAUAUGAAGAAUUAAGACGAUUGAGGAGGGGGUUAUCGACCGUGAUCUUCUAGUCCGACAUCAACUAAACAUGCCAGUGUUACCUUCAUUUUUGUACAGAUCCCAUCUUCAAUUAAUGCCUCACUCCUCUGCAGUCUAAGGUUAUGAAGGGAGAAUAUUCAUUCUAGCAUAGAAUGAAUAAUAAUACUCAUUUAAGCUUACUGAGCUGUACUAACUCGGUGUAUGAACGGAACUUUAUUUAUUUUAAUCAUUUCUACAAAGAAAUUAUUUGCAUGGAAGUUUUUCCAGAGCGCAUAAAUAUUAUUCAACAGCGUGGGAGCUGUCCAUGCAGUAAGUCAGUUUAAGUAAAAAAUAAUAAUAAUAAUAAAAAAUAAUAAUAAAAAAACACACACACACACAUAUACUGCAAGCAAAUCAAAUGGUCAACAUGUUUUACUUAAAAAUCAAUUUUUGUAAGCUUAAUAAAUGAAUAUUGAUUUUUUUUGACUAAUUAUUUUAUCAACCGCAUUAGCAAAACAUAACAUGUGUGACAUACCUUGUUAUUAAAGACUUGUUACUCAGAGCAUUUGGCAUGGGCUUUGCAAAUAAGUAAUUUUUUUUAGACUGAUAAUUAAUAAAAACGAAAUAUAAGUGUUGCAGUGACAACAGCAUCAUGGAUUCCCUGAAAGAACUUAGAUGAGAUGAGUCCUGAUUCAGUUGCCUUCCUGACAAUCACACUUUUCAAAUAACACUUAAUGUUAGAUCAUGUUCUAAUUUUCUCGCUCUUCUCCCUUAAAUUUUAUUUAAAUAUGAACAUUAAAAUUGUCAAUUUUACAAACAACGAAAUGUAUAUAGCUGAAAGAACAUGAGCAGAAUAUGCAUGUCGAUUAAAUCUAUGCACUAAUAUACACAAAAGGAGUGUUGAGUAAGACAUGUUUUUCUUUAUGAGAUGCCAACUUCAUUUGUGAAUUUUCUUAUCUGUUGCUUUCUAAUUACUGAACCGUUUUCAUUUUCGUUAAUUAAAAAUGACAGCCCGAAGAAAUCUUUUAUCAUACUAGAUGCAAAGCGCGUCUAUUUACACUGCUGCUAAUAAAAUGUCGUAAAAAGCGCUUAGGACAUAAAUGGGCGGACGGACGCCAGUUUAUCUUCAAUAUUAUCAAGACAUAUCCUUUUUUGAUAAUUAUAUAGUCAUUUCGUUAACAACUCAGUCAGCUUCAAGCAUCAUGUACCUUGGACUCGCUGACCUUUACAAAGAUCACCUGUCCUAACUGUUUUCAUGAAGAAAUACAGUAUCUAUAUUUGGUCUUAUACAAAUACAGUAUUAAUACUGAGAAAUAAUAUUAAUAAGAACGAUAUUUUCUUGAGAUCGACCCGGUUUUCAACUGUGCGCGAGUUGUUCUGAAUUAAGAGAACUAGAUAACAAAACGAAGAAAGACAUGCCUUCAACGACGUCCAUUUUCUUCGUGGUCAUCUUCGCACUGGAGGCAAUCAUGAUCGUUAUUGGUAACACGUUUACUAUUUUCGUAUUCUGGAAUCAAAGAUUGAUCCGCAUAAAUCGGACUUAUUUUCUUCUGAUUAACCUCGCAAUUGCAGAUUUACUUGUAGGAAUUACAGAACUAACAGUCUUGGGAGCUUUCAAAUUUGAGGUCACGCUAGAAAGUGACGGACUAUUGAUGCAAAGACAAUCAAAUCCUUCGAUUGCUUUUCAACUUUUUUUUGCGUGUACGUCAGUGUAUUUUCUCGCUCUUGUCUCCUUGGAACGUGCUUUCUCCGUGUUAUCGCCAAUCCGUCAUCGCUCCAUAAGCAGUCGAGUUUACAUCAAGAGCAUCGUUUUUGUGUGGGCAGUUGGCCUUUGUUUCUUUGCUCUAACCGUCAUCGCCAUUCAUUACCCAGAGGUGAAAGAGGAAUAUGUUUUUAUAACAAGUAACACAGGUCUUUUUAUUUCCCAACUGAUAAUCUGUAUAAGUUACCUUAAAAUACGCAAUCGGUUGCGCGCAUCACCACCAGGGCUAGAUAUUCAUGGCCAUCAAUCACAAGCACACGAUCUACGACUUUCUAAAACGCUUUUCAUCACAAUCGCUUCGUCGCUUGUGUUUUGGAUACCUGGUUUUGUAGUUUACUCAACCAGAGAAUUUUGUCCUCAAUGCUUUCCUGUACCAGUACUUAGGUUCGCGAACGCGAUGUAUCUGGCAAAUUCUAUGGUGAAUCCCUUCGUAUACAGUUUCAGGAUGCCAAUAUUUAAAGACGCUUUAAAGAAAUUCUACAGGAAAAGACAACAGAACAUAGGACCAGGGUUAGCAAGUCGGCAUGUACAGAGCCUUGUAUUUUGACUAUCAAAAGCCUGUCGCUUAUUCAGCGUAAAGGUAUACCAACAUCUACGGUUAUGAGUUGAUAUGUCAAACUAGUAGGGAUAGCAAUAUAAUGAAGCUGAUUGUGAAAAAUGAUCACUGAAAUUGUGGUCACAUUGUGUUUGCAGCUCAAAUAACGCAAGUUAUGCACUUGUGGAAAGUCCAGUUGCACUGAUCAACACAUAGACUGUUCACAGUCCCCUAUUUUUUCGUAAGAUCGUCAGGAUCGAGCUCUUACCGCCGGAAUGGGUGCCAUCUUGGUCGGUGAUCCAAAAUGGCUACCUCGAUGUCGACGAUCUUACAGAAAAAAAGGCGACAGCGAAUAGUGUAAUUAACACACAGAGCAGUACUGUAAAAUACCAUAGUAAAAAGGAAUUGUAAUUUUGAAUGUUAGGAGGUAGUUUUAAUUGCUCAACGUUUUUCCAUAAGAUUUUUCGUAGUGAGGCAUGAAAUUAUUAAUUCAAACACAGUUUGAACAGUAAAAAUUGAAAACUACCGGGACAGCCAGCGAGUACGACUACUUACACAAAAACUGUGUGAAAAACUUUCUCAAGGUUGAAUCAUCUUAUAAUUAAGCUCUUUGUAAUCUCUCUAUCAAUUCUUCUCAAGGCGGUGGUGGAUAAAUAAACACGAAAUGUUUUGCAAUGACAAUUAUACCUUAAACCCCUGUUGCCCAUUAGAAGUAACUUUUACGAGAUGAUUCAGUAAUUUGUAAAUCAAUUUUACUUUUUAUUCAUACAACUUAAGAAAUGUUCUGUGUGAUGAAAGAACCACCUUUUUGGAGCAGUUGCCCAUCCAAGCAAUAAUUCGUCCAUUCAGAGAAAGGGCACAUAUAAUAGGGCAGUAAUGCUAUCUUGUAAGCCAUUUCUCUAAAAUAAAGUAAAGAAAACAGAGAGCGGCCUCUAGAUAUCAUGGUGUGAUAUUUUUAAGGCUACUAUAGCUGUGUCCGGGACAAUCUGAUUUAAAAAUCCCUACUGGCAAGAAUAAUUAAGAUAUUUAAAAAGAUAAAAGAUAAAGCAGGGUGGUGUCUUCAGGCGGAGUAGAGCGUAAAUUAGGACGAUUUAUUCUCUUAACCAGCGCAUGCAGCAAUAUGAGCGAUUUUUCAGUCACACAGAAGAGUAUAGAUUCGAGAACUGCAUAAGGGGUAGCCAAGCGCGUAGCAAAAAUAGUGUAUCACUGAAAAUGCGAGUAAUUUUAUGGUGAAUAUGCUGUUCUUCAAAAACGGCAAUGUCAGAUGCCCCAGGUGAAAUACCCACUUAUGUCACUUGUAUAUAUUUGCAGAAUACAUCUGUAUGAAGUAAAGAACUAAGUCACUCGUACUGCAUACCAAAAAGCUUACUAUGCAGGCUUCAACAUGGGCAAUGCACAAUUUCAAAUAGGACCGGGAGGAUAUGGUAAAGGGACAUAGGUCCCUCUCUACCAGGAGACGCCAGCCUGGUUUCUGGCGCGGUAAAGACCACCUUGAUAAGGGUAUAGGAGUGUCUGAUCUCUCGUUAAUAAUCCUUCUAGUGAUAUGGCGCGACAUUCGUGGAUCCUGAAAUGCUUAGAGAUGGUUGGAACGCCAAGAGUAUCAUCGUCAUCGCAGUCACUUGGUUCGACUGAGACCAUUCUAGGGUUCAGCAUGGUUUGAUAAGUCUCCUCCAGGUAGGUCUGUCGUUGGCCUUCUCCUGCCAUCGAGAUCGAUGUCUCUCCAUUUCAUGUUUGUCUUUGCAACAUCUUUGAACCUUAAUCUAGGCCUCCCUUGAUUACGCAUUCCCAAGCAGAGUUGAAAUUAUAACAGCUGCAUUGGAAGUCUGUUAAUAUCUAUCCUACGCACGUGACCCAGCCAUCAGAGAUUUUUCGCUAUGAGAAUAUCAGUCAUUGAAAUUAGUCCUGUAAGGCAGAGAAUUUCCACAUUCGUGAUCUUGUCCUUCCAUGGUACGUUCAUUAUUACUCUUAGCGGUGCCAUCAUAUAAGCAUGGAGCUUCUUCACUUGACUCUGAUAUAUUAGGACAGGUCUGGUGAACCUGUCCACCAGACAGCAAACAUCAUUUCCCCCACUAGGGUCUAGGUUGUGCGUGUUUUUGCUCUGAAAAGGGCUAAGUUAAACAGGUCAGCAUUAAUACGGGUUUGGAUGAAGAUAUCUUCCCCAACAUCGUCAAAGGCUACUUCUAGCAUUGCUGUUAGGUAGAGAGAGAACAGUGUCGGAGCGAGCACGCAACCUUUCUUUUCACCAUUGGUGAGAGCAAAUUCCUUGGAGAUGUAGUUUCCUUGAUCCACAUGUGCUUGCAUUUCGUUGUGCAGUGCCCUCAAAAGAUUGAUAAAUUAACAGCAGUACAUCCAUACUUUCCGAGCACUGUAUCAAAAGCCAAUGUGAAGUUGAUAAAACAGUAUACAGCGGCAUAUUAUGCUCUUUACACUUCUCUUCUAACUGUCGCAAACAGAGGAUCGAUCAUAUUCAGCUACAUCCACAGUGCCUCCAUCACUGCGAAUACCACAUCGAGUUUCAGGCAAGGUAUUGGGAACUAUGUAUUCGUUCAAUAUUAUGAGGAGUAUGUGAUCAAGCCAAGAUCAUUUUGGCGGAGAGACGAGAAAUACCUCGAUAGCUCCCUCAGUCCUUUCUACUUCCCUUCUUGAAGACUGGCCCGAUAAUGGCAUCUCCCCAUUCCUCUGGUAUUUCGUCAGCCAUUUUCCCAGACUAGUGCAAAACUCAGAUUGUAUAGGCUAGAGGCGAGUUUCGCAGCCACAAUGUUUCCAGAUUUCGACAGGUAUACCACACCUUCCAAGGGCUUUACCUUCUUUUGUUGCAUUGAUGGCAUCCAACAGUUCCUUCCUUUCAGGAUUUUCAUCAACAAGUGUAAUGUUUGGCCUCUGUGCAAUGGUGUCCAAGGCAGAGCCGUCAACCGCUCCUGUCAUGUUAAGUAGCUGGUCAAAUUGGUUUGCAAAUCUAUCGAGAUUCUUAGCUUUCUCCUGUAUUUCUGUCUCACCAUCAAAGACAGUACGCUUUGUUGUACCCCUAGCUCUUCUGUGGCCCAUAUACUUCCCUCAAGCCAUUUUAAAAGGCUUUCAUUUCGUUUUUAUUUGCUGCCUGCCUGAAUCCUUCAGCCUCCCACCAUUGAGAUUUUAUUUCCCUGGUGCACUGCUGUAGAUUCCGUCGAACACUAGUCAGUUCUGCCCUGUUUGUUCUAGUGUUCAGCUGAAGCUGUUUCACCCUUGCAUUAUUUCCUUCAUCCAAACAGAUCCUUCACCUUCUUGUUACUGUCUUCGAACCAAUCCUGGUGUUUCCGACCGAAUUUACCUAAGACACUCAGGGCAGUAUCGUAUGUAGUUUGUCUUAAAGAAUUCUAGUUUUCUUCAGUCUCUGACUAGAGAUGUUGAGAUCCUGCCAAAGCCUUGUCCAUUUACUUUUUCAACUUCUGCUGGUUUUAUCUCGUUUUAUCUUACAUCAAGGUGGUUUGUCAGCAGUUAUGGAGUGGUUUAUUUCCUGAUGGAGAAGGGAACAGUGGAUCUUAACAAAAUAUGGUCAGUUGAACAGUCAGCGCCUCCCAUGGUUCUUGUCAGUUCAAGAUGUCAUUUUUGUCCACCUUCCUUACUAUUGCAAAAUCUAAAAGGUGCCAAUGUUUAUAGCGGGGAUGCAAAGCGGUCAAGAAAUUGACCCCUUUAUUAGCAACAGCAUGGUGAACUAGAAAGACAGUUGUGGCGCAAAAAAUGCCAGAAGAAAAAUCUCCCCAGGAGACUCUUUAUCAUCCUUGCUGUUUUUAAUAGCCAUGUUGCCACUCCCAAUAGUGUUAUGAAAGAUGAGAGCUACAGGAUAUAAACUGGCGAAGGCAUGAAACUCGUCAGCCAUCUAUUGUUCAUGGAAGAUUGGGAGUUAACUUGCCACUUAAUCAAGCCGUAAAGAUUUUGUCAGAAACAGUCAAAUAUGUGGUUUAUAGGUUUUAGAAAAGUGUGUUGUCUUGGAAUUGAGGAGAGAAAUGAUGGACAGCAGGGGAACAGACCUACUAGAUCAUUUGACCAGGUUUUAACACUGUCUUUUCACUCCAUCUCUACGCAGACGAGAUUGUCCUGAUUGUAGAGCGAGCACGCACAGUUGUUGUGUUCCAAACAAUACUUAAUUAUUGCUGAUUUUCACCUUCAAGCUAUUGAAAGUAAAAAACAAAACCGUCCUAUAGAUAAAACCCAGCAUCUGCGAAAUGAAAUGGAGGUAAAUAUACAAAGACACUCCCUAAGAUUUCUCAACUGUGAGAUGUUCAGAGAAAUGCUUUCCCUGAAUAGGCCUCUUUAGUACGUACGUUGUAUGUUUUUAUUUGCCAAUGCAAUUUAUGUGACAACAAGAGAACAGUUUCUUUCUUUUUCUGAUCUCCCCGCCGAUGUUAAUACACAGAUCGAGAAAUGUUAAGGCGGACUCCAUCAGGGAAUUGAGUAAUUUUACUUUUCAUUGGACAAAAACCUUGUACCAGAAUAAAUUAAGCCAUAUCAAAUUUUUUUUUACAUUUUACAAGGGAGGGCUAUAGGUAUAAUUAAUUAUCUGUAAUAACACCAGACGGGAGAAAAUUGAUGUCGAACUCACAGGAAUUGUGCAAACACAAGUAAAAUUUCAUGCGUAAGAUUUCAUUCAAUUAUCUAAUGGAUUCCGUUUUAAUAUCUUAUUUGUCAUUAGCUAUAAAUAUUCAGUGUUAAUUUUAAUUAACACUCAAAGGAUAUCAAUAGAAUAUGAUUAAAUCUAAAAAUGAGAAAAAAAUAUGCCAAUUGUCUUAAAAGACACAGAGUUCAAGACUAUUUUGUUUAUCAGGAUAUGUGCUUCAUUAACGACCCGUGAAUCUACGUGAAAAAUAAUAAAUAAGAGCUGUUAGUAUGCUAUUAAGACUAAGACGCAAAUGAUCGUGUUUGCUUACACUUGCUGUUGAAAAAUUUCGUCAAAUACCCGAAGGGCAUAUGUGAAAGGACUUUAUAUCCUCCACUAAUUAUUAUACAUAUUAAUUCAUUGAGCUGAGAACUCAGAACAAUCAAAUGUCCUCUAUACAACAUUACUAAUUGAAGCCAAUAUCAAACUUCGCUAGAGAUCAACGGGACUUGUAUUUUUGUGAUUUUACCGGCUGGUCUGAUCAAAAGGUAUUUUCGACAGAGAAAUAAUAAGAAGACUAUUUUUUCGAUACCUUAAAGAUACCUUUCAACCGUGUGGAAGCUGUUUCGCAUUUUUAAUUUGGAUAAUAAUAAUUAUGAGUUCAUUUAUCACUAACUGUUCAUACUUCGUACUAAAUCUAUUUACAAAUCAUGCUACAAAAAUCUAUUAACAAAAUCUGUUUACAAUAAAUACUCUAGAAAUGACGAAUUAUUCAUCAUUAGCUAAUUAAAAUUCUAAAAUUACAAAUUGAUGAAAUAAGGUAAACAACUUUUAAAGGUAGGCUUUCUUGAAGCGAUGGGUUUUUAGUUGAAGUCGGUAGCCAAUAUAACAGGAGCUAGCGCCAAAAGGACAUGCCUACUUCAACAUACAUCACCCUCGUGGUCAUCUACUCAGUGCAAGCAAUCAUUAUCAUCGCUGGAAACACGUUCACAAUCUUUGUAUUCUGGACUCAGAGAUCCCGCCUAAAAGGGACUUAUUUUCUUUUGAUUAAUCUCGCAGUCGCCGAUUUACUUGUGGGGAUAACAGAACUUAUAGUCAUAGGAACUUUAAAAUCUCAUGAUCUAGCCAAGGGCAUUUUACUGCUGAACCGAUCAAACUUCUCAGCGGCUUUUACACUUUUCUUUUCGAGUACGUCCGUCUACUUGCUAGCGCUUGUCUCCAUGGAACGUGCUUUCGCCGUCUUACGGCCAAUCCGUCAUCGCAUCACAAAUCGUCGAGUUUACAUCUAUAGCAUCGUUAUCGUUUGGGCCAUUGCUCUUGUCUUUUUUGGUCUUAUCAUGUUAUCCCUUUAUUAUCCAGACGUAAAUGGGGUAUAUGUUUUUGUCACUGGUAGGACAUCGCUUCUUAUUUCCAUCUUGAUAAUUUGUACAAGUUACCUUAGCAUACGCACUCGAUUGCGAGCACCCUCACCCGCCGUGAUAGACAAUCAUAAGCAUCGAUCAAGGGAGCACAAUUUACGGCUUUCAAAAACACUUUAUAUUGCAAUUGCUUCAUCGCUUGUGUUUUGGAUGCCUGCCUAUCUUGUCUUCUCAACGAAAGGUUUCUGUCCUGGUUGCUUUUCUGCGCCAGUGGUUAUUUGGCUCGUGGAAGCUUUAUAUCUGGCAAAUUCUAUGGUGAAUCCUCUCGUCUACAGUUUCAGAAUGCAAAUUUUCAAAGACGUAUUAAACAAAUUCCGGAGAAAAAGACGACAGAACAUAAAAGCAAUUCAGCAAAAAUAA